CUUCACUGCAUGAUGUUGACAACGGGUAUAUAAACGAGCAUUCAUAUAUGCCAUUUUAAAUGUAACGGCAUUUAGGCUUAGUUUACGGUUAAUCAUAACAUGUUUUCAUUUCAGAACCUUGGUUGAGGAGAUCAGUGUUGGACAAAGAUGUUGGAUGUAAUAAAAGGCACCCCUAGAUACAAGAAAAGCAAGUACCCUCUGGCAGUAAAUCUUGCUGUACUGGGAAUGAUUUUUCUUAGAUGCGUAUCAGUGGCGUAUUUUGUGAUGGGUCUGGUUUGGAAGCUCCACACUGGAGUGAUCGAUGAAAGCUGGAUCAGCAUCCUUAACAGGCUGUGGAUUGGACACCUUAGACUUGGAUCUACUGUCAAUGGACUUGUGUUGACCUCGAUAUGUCUAUUUCCUUUUUAUAUCAUCAGUGGAUGCAUGGGUUUACUGGGAAUGUUCUGCAGGAAAAGCUUAUUUGUUGCAUUGUAUAUGGCUUCCUUGGUGGUUUUUGUGUUGGUGGACGUUAUUUUCAUUUCGAUGUUUAUUUUCCUUAGCAAUGGUAUUGGGGGUUCUCUGGCUACGGAUUUUCAAAAUAUUUAUCUGCAGAUUACAAGGACAUCAUGGUCCAAUAAUUAUAACGAUUUAAAAAACAGUAAUCAGGAAUGGAUUGCUAUGUUUUCAACGCUUGGCUGUUGUGGUAUAACAGACAGAUACAUCACACCGGGAUAUACUGAGUGUCACAACUACCACUAUACAUUCAACUAUGCUGAAAUAUGUUGGGGGAAGUUUGCUGAAGCCAUGGGAUCGUAUUUAACAACAUUUGCCUGCUUUGCGGCCAUCUGUUUGGUCAUUGAGACCGUACAACUUGGCGUGGUUGACUUUAUCUAUAGCCAGAUGACCAACAAGAGGUUCCCUUUUGCGCUUAUACGGACAUUAGUAUCGAUGGUCAAGAAGUCACCAUUGGCACGUGACAGAAUGUUAAUUGUGGCGAAUAUAUUGAGAAUUCUAUCAUGUAUUUCUGGACUUAGUCUUGUUGUGUUAGGAACGAUGAUUCUUACUGACACUAAACUUACUGGACAGGAGGUGAAAGGAAUUUUCGUAUUUAUUUACAUCCUUGGUGUGAAUUUCCGGAAUAUCAUUGAAGGAUUUGGUAUUGCUAUGAUUGUUCUUGGUUCCAUUGCAUUUGUACUCAACAGUGUAGCUAUCAUUUCUGACGUCAUUGUACCAAGCAAGACCAAAAGCAAACUGAUAACAUUUUUGAAAGUAAUUAUGCUUAUUGCUGAAGUGACAGUACUGGGGAUAGUGGUUCGUUUCGCUACACAGGUUAACACCGACCUGCGGUACAAAAUGGCCAAUCUAUUAAGGAACUUUAAUUACCUAAACAGACCAUGGCGUAUAUUUUUCGGAGAAUUAGAAUGCUGUGGCGUUGCUUCUUCGAACGACCUGUGUGAUAUGAUUUCCGGAAAUACGUAUUGUAGUAAUACAUUACCUUACACCUGCUGCCAUCGUAGCCUGUAUGAUACAACAGAAAGUAAUAUAUACAGCAAUAGUGGGUGUAGCAACCCGAACACCCCUUGCUUGGAUUUAAUACUUUCCCAGUUAAGAAUCUACUCUACAGGAUUUUUUAUCGGAGUAUCGUUCUCUGUCGUCUUUGGAAUUUUAUGUAUCAUAUUCACGAUUUUGCAUACCCGGAGAUUAAACAGCCAGGUUUCCAAUGAUAAAAAAGGAGAUAAUUUCAAAGAUGAAUUGGUAGAAAGUAUGCAGCGCAGUUCCUGUAAAAAUGUAUUACAUACAAUUCUAACAUUGAUUUAUUCAAAGGGUGUAUUCAUUAUUUCAAUUAUAUUACUGCUUUUUUCGGUUGGAUUUUUUAUUGAAGGAUUUUUUCUUCUGUACGAUAACAUUUUCGACCAUGAAAUAAUCAAGGAUGUUCUCUGGAGUGCUUUGACAUUUGAUGGAUUGUCCUUUAACCACAUUCGAGAGUCCCUGUCAUUCUUUAUGAUUUCGUCCUCUCUUGUUAUUCUUUUUGUUGCCUGUAUAGGAUUCUUCACACUGAGAACAAACUCUAAAUGUCUCCAUGUGUUUCAAAUAAUUUUAACUGCCAUUUGUUGCUUAUUGGUGGUAGUUGGUACUGGUUUGUGGGGGAAAGCUAAAGAUUCGAUCAGCUACAAAUUGGAGUACGAAAUGUCCGUGUUUCUACAAAGAUUUGGAUAUCAUGCAGCCCUCUCUUAUUUAUUUACAAAUUCAGCUUAUGGGGCUUGGAGUCACUUAUUUGCAGUGGCUGAAUGCUGCGGAAUAUAUAGUUAUGCGUACGGAGAACUUUCACAAUAUGUGUCCCCUAAUCAGAUCCCAAUUUUCUGCUGCAAAGAAAAUCCGCUAACCGAACCUUACAGUGAGACAAAUGUUACUUGUACGAAUUUACAGCAGUGGGAUCUAAAUCAUGGAAGUACCUGUAAAGAUGUCGUGCUUACAAGAUUAGACAAAUACAGCAAUGCAUUCAUUGCCAUGUCUGUAUUAACAAUUGUGUGUUUCAUUGCCCAGAUUUCACUGAUAAUAUACAAACUGAGGAAAACAGAAUUAAUACCACUUAUAAAUGAUAAAUAUGUACAAGCUUUAAAAAACCUAUUCAAAAUGGAAAAAGGAUUAAGAAACGUAUUUGUCUUUGAAAAGAAAAUGAUUUUUCCAUCCAUCACAAUGUUAUCUGCAUUGGCAAUGCUGAUUCUUGGAAUUGUCAUGAAGCAUGAUGACAAGAUGACUGGUGAAAACGUGUACAAUGUGUAUGCGCUUUUGUACUUUAAAGGCGUUAACUUUACGGAUAUUGUUGAGGCAAUGUACCUGAUAUUUAUUGUUGUCGGUACAUUGUCUGCGAUCCUAAGCUUGGUCAAAUUAUCGCAUGUAUUCAAAAGUCUUCAAUCUAAAUGGAAAAAUAAAUGGUAUAUUGGAUGCUUAUUGAUUCUGAUAAUCACAAAACUAAUUUGCAUUUCUCUGAUGAUACCGAUCCGCAUUGAUAUUGAUGCAAAUGCACCGUAUCAACUUACAAACAUGGAUAGGCAAUAUCGGAAUAAUCAAAAUUGGGAAUUACCAGGAUUUCUAAAUAGGUUCUACUUCACGUUUGAUUGCUGUGGAGCAGAUGGUCCAUAUGAAUUCAGUUAUCUAGAAGGCACUGAUGGGUACUCGGGUAGAACUGGAGCUCAGCCAUACGUGUGUUGUUAUGGAGGUUCUCAUCUUGAUGAAAGAAGUUUGCUGUCUAGUAUUAAUUGUGAAAAGAAGUCAUGUACGCCAGAGUUUCUCGACAGUUUUGACAGUUACAGCGACGCUUUCUUAGCCAUAUUCUCCAUCACUGCAGUCCUUGAGAUCGUUUGUUUUGUGAUAGAAGCAAAAAGCAUCGCGUCUGAUCUUAAAUCAAAAUUUAAGCAACAGUUUGAUCUAAGUUUCUUAUUAUUCAGUUCCAAUGAACACAGAAAAAAAAUUAGAAUAGGAAUUAUAGCAUCAGGGGUGAUUAUGCUUGUCGCCGUUGGUCUCAUUGCGGAGGGAGCAGCACUUCGAUAUGACGCCGUGUUCUCUCACAAGCAGAUUGACCUUAUUUUCAGCGCCAUGUCCAUGGUUCAUCAAUCAUUUAGUACAAACCUUCUUAUCUGGAGAUGGUUGAUGGUAGUCAGUGGAAUUCUUCUCGUAUUGGGAUCCUUCAGCACUAUGCUCCUUAUCCGGCGAAAAUCUAAAUUUUUGCAUUUGUUGGCACUUGUUUUUCACAUUUUCUGUGUAACAUUAUUAGUAUCCGCGGUAGGAUGGUGGAUAGCCGUUUAUGUAGAGGGAUUUCCAGAUGUAUGGUCCUUUUAUUACCCAUUUAACAUUUAUUCUUACUUGGUAUCUGGUUAUGGCUUUACAAUCAACGAUGCAUGGAAUAGUCUUUUUGUAACGCUAGAGUGUUGUGGAUAUCACUCAGGAAUAUAUUUUGAUUUCUGGACUACACAAUUCCAAAGUACGUCUGGGUCUUUUACACCAUCGAUAUUUUGCUGUCAUUCAAAUCCACUUACAAAGACCUAUAACUAUAACACAGGCUGUACGACAGAUACCUCAUCACGCUACACUGAGGCUUGUCGAGACAAACUGUCACAACGACUUCUAACAUACAGUAUAUUCUUUUACGUCAUGAUGUCAGUGUGUCUGAUACUAGAGGUUCUUCUGAUUGUGUUACUUGGGAUUCUUCUUAAGUACGACGAACCUUUCUCAACUGACAAUAUUCUUAAAAAUAUGUGUGUGCAACAAAGAAAAAAGAACAAAGUUGAUUCUAAUAAGGAAACUGAAAACAGUAUAAUUCAACAAAAAAAGGAAAAGCUAACAGAAGACAAAAAUCAUUCUAUUCAGAAAAGAGACAUAAAUAGCAGAAUAAGAGAAAAUAAAGUGAGGCCCAUGUCAACCGAGAGUCAAGUUAAAGUCGAGAACAACGGCAAAGACAGCAUCAGUCCAAAUAAGCAGAAAAACGAAAACUUAGCAGAUAGUCCGGAACAUUCUACAGAAACAACCAAUGCUACAAAUAGGAAAAAGAACAAAAUCAGUCCGUUGUCACCCCAUCCUCGGGAUAUUCACGAAAGGUCUACAUAUUCUGAAGGUGAGAAAAAAAUCACCAACAAUGAUAAAGAAAGAAGUCUCAAUAAACAGCCAAACGUAAACAAAGAUGAAAGUCAAAAGAAUUUAGAAUCCACAGGAGAAAACCAUAUUAAAUGGAACAAUGACAACGACAGAGGAAAAAGUCCAGUUCAGCAGAAAGACGAAAGCUUAGUAGAUGGUUUGGAGUAUUCUAUAUUCACAGACGAAAACAAUGUGAUCGGGGCCAAUGAGAACAAAAACAAUCCGUUGUCUUCCGAGGGUAAGCAAGAACUCACUAACAAUACAGAAGAAAAAAGUCUCGAUGAACAGCAAAGAUGGGACAACCUUGAAAGUCACGAGAAUUUUGAAUCAACCGGAGAAAAUCGUAUUAAAACAAACAAGAACAACGACAAAGGAAACAUCAGUCCUGUCCUACAGAAAGACGAAAGCUUGGUGGGUGGUUUGGACUAUUCUACAUCCACAGACGAAAACAAUGUGAUCCGGAAGAGUGAAAACAAUUCGUUGUCUUCUGAGGGUAAGAAAGAACUAACUAGCAAUACAGAGGAAAGUAGUCUCAAUAAACAGCAAAACGAGGACGACGUUGAAAACCAUGCGCAUUUUGAAUUAACGGAAGAAAAUCGUAUUCAAACAAAUAAGAACAACGACGCAGGAAACAUCAGUCCAGUCCAACAUAAAGACGAAACUCUAGCAGAUGAUUUGGAGUAUUCCACAUCCACAGACGAAAACAGUGUAAUAAGGACGAGUCAAAACAAUUUGUUGUCUUCCGAGGGUAAUAAAGAACUAAUUAACAAUACAGAGGAAAAUAGUCUCAUUAAACAGUAGAACGAGGACAACGUUGAAAAUCAUGCGAAUUUUGAAUCAAUUGGAGAAAAUGUUGUUAAAUCCAACGAGAACACCGACAAUGAAAACAUCAGUCCAGUCGAACAGAAAGACGAGGUUUAGUAGAUGGUGCUGAGUAUUACACACCCAUAGACGAAAACAAUGUGAUUAAGACGAGUGAGAACAAAAAAAAUUGUUUUUAAGUGUUCAUUGGAACUUUAACGAAAUGUCAACAUAUUCUGAAGGCAAGGAAGAAAUCCACGAAGAUACAAAAAAAUAACAGUUUUUAGAACAGCAGAACGGAAACAAAGAUAAUGAUUCGGAAUAUUCAUAUUAAACUGAAAAAAUACUAUUAUUUAUUAAUUAAAAAUAUUUAAUUAUCCCCAGAUCAUUUCUUUGUCAAAAAAUUGGUUCUGAAAAUAGCAAUACCGAAACUGUGAUUAAGUGUUGCUUUGUAACACAUAUGUUAAUAUGAUUUAAAGGAAUGUUCCAUAUAUUGUAAAGGCAAUAAAUAUACUUAUUACA